AUGAACUAUGGAGCUGGACCAUCACACCUACCUUCUUCUUCUUCUUCUUCUGAUGACGAAACAUUUUCUCAUUACGUUGAACAAUGGGAGGAGGAUAUGAAACAAUGGGAGGAGGAGGAUGAAAUCUUAGCUCGUCUUUAUGCCUCUAACAAUGAAAUAAUGGCUUAUUUCUUUAAAGAGGAAGAGAGGCCAAAACGUAUCGGCUCAGUUCCUGGUCAUGUGGUAAUCAACCGCGGGAGGGAAGAAGGUAAUUCUCGACUCUACAAUGACUAUUUUUCUGAUAAUCCCACAUACGGUGCAAAUUUAUUCCGUAGAAGAUUCCGAAUGCAAAGGAGUCUUUUCCUUCGUAUCGUCGGCGCUGUACGAGAGCACGAUAACUAUUUCAUACAGAAGGUGGAUGGUGUCGGCCGGCUUGGACUAUCUACUUUACAAAAAGCAACAACAGCAUUUCGCAUGUUGGCAUAUGGUGCACCGGCAGAUAGUACUGACGAAUAUGUAAGGAUUGGUGAGUCAACUAUAAUUGAAUGUUUGAAGAGUUUUUGCAGAGCAAUUGUAGAAGUGUAUGGAGAUGAAUAUCUUAGAUCCCCCAAUACCGACGAUGUUGCAAGACUGUUACAAAAAGGCGAAGAGCAAGGUUUCCCACGAAUGUUGGGAAGUCUAGACUGUAUGCAUUGGGAAUGGAAAAACUGUCCAACAGCAUGGGCGGGACAAUACUCAGGACGUCACGGAGGCCCAACCAUUAUUCUUGAGGCAGUAGCAUCAUAUGACCUAUGGAUAUGGCAUGCAUUCUUUGGCUUGCCAGGUUCUAAUAACGAUAUUAAUGUAUUACAAGCAUCUAAUUUGUUUGACAACCUAACGCAAGGUAUUACUCCUCCUGCUCAUUAUACAAUUCAAGGAAAGAAUUAUGAUGUCGGUUAUUAUUUAGCCGAUGGCAUAUACCCGAAAUGGCCAACCCUUGUUCAAACCAUUUCCAAAUCCGAAGAUAAAAAGAAACAAUAUUUUGCAAUGAUGCAAGAAGCUUGUCAAAAAGAUGUGGAGCGAGCGUUUGGUGUUCUCUAG